GGAGUAUCCACCGGCACCAAAAAUUUCGUCUCUCUGCAAAUCAGAGCAUUGUCUUCUUUCUUCGCUUCUACGAACUGUAAUUUGCACCCGAGAAGCUCAAAAAUGGAACAAAGGACCAAGAAUAUAAAUAUUCGGUACUUAUUCAUGCUGCUAAAUUUCAAUCUGCUGCUUCCCUUUUUAUCCGGUGAGUCAAAUGAUGUCUGCAUUUCGCAAGGUGGUCGUUUCCCACCCUUCUCAAUGGAAGGAAAACCUCCAAAAAAGGUUAACAAAGCACAAGAUUUGACGCUUUGCCGAGUCUUCCGAAAGAAGACUUGCUGUGGUGUAGCCCAAACGCACCCGGCUUUGCUUUCUGUUAGGAGGCUGGCUUCAACAGGGGAAGGCAACCAGGAAUGCUUGCAAUUAUGGGAACUUCUGGAGUGCUCGAUCUGUGAUCCACAAGUUGGUGUUCAACCUGGACCUCCUCUAAUAUGUGCCUCUUUCUGUGACAGAGUCUUCAAAGCUUGCUCUGAUGCUUACUUCUCUGUCGAUGCUAAAACACAGGUUCUAGCACCAUGCGGAGUGAAUGACUUUGUGUGUGGCAGGGCUUCUCAAUGGGUCUCGAAUGGCACGGAGCUUUGCAGUACUGCAGGUUUUUCAGUUAAGAUGUCAGAUGAAGAAACCUCUUGUUAUGGUAGUAAAACUAGACUAGACUCCAUUGCUAGUUCGUGGAAGACUUCAUCAUCUCCAGUGUCGUCCCGAGGAACAGGGUACUUGGGUGUUUUAGAGGAUUUCCAGCAAUGGGUAAGAGAAAUGAGUUUCGGGGAACAGGUUUCUUGGCUGAUUGGUUCCAUGGUGAUUACGGCAGGCCUUCUAUUUUCCAGCAAAAGGAAAAGUCAUAACCAGCGCCAGAAAUACGCUGCUAUUCAACGAGCAACAAAGAAAAUGGAAGCAAAGACGAGCCAGAAUUCAAUUGGUACUCAAGCAAUCAGGAGAGGAAGUAGAAGAUGACUGUCACCUUACAUCUAGAGACAAUAUGUCUGGCCAAUUUAAAAAUUGGACUCUGGUCUCCACCAAGUUCUGAUGCUUCAAAGUAGCAGCCAUGGUUGCUCUUCCAUUAAAAUGAAAGAGAGAA